GCACAUGCUACAGCUUUGCGGCUACAUAGAUGCUACUACCGCCUGCGGGUCGCGAUGUGACACUACGUUUAUUCUGAGGACUGCACGUUUGCCCCGCAGACCAUCUAGACGGAUCUCACAUUUUGCUUGGUUUCAUUUCCACGCCAAAGAUCCAGAGAUGGCUCGAAUAUUGUUCCUGAUCAUUCUGCAUGGUCUUCCAUCUCUCGUUGUGCCCAUACAUAAUUCAUCAACUGGAGGCUGCGCUAUCAUCCGGCCUCCCAGGGAUGGGGGGAUCCGCUACAGAGGCCUGACACAAGAACAGAUCCGCAGUGUGCAGAUCCUCCCCGUGGACUAUGAGAUAGAAUACAUCUGCAGAGGAAACCGGGUGAUCGUGGGCCCCAAGGUCAGGAAGUGCUUGCCCAACGGCACAUGGACAGACAUCACCCUGAACAGUACAUGCUUGCUGCUGUGCCCGCGGGUCUGGACCUCCCUGGAAAACGGCCGGGUGACGGUGAAGCCCCCCGGACCACCCGUGGAGGGGACAGUGCUCCAUUACAGCUGCCACGCCGGCUUCAUCCUGGAGGGAAGAAACAUCAGCCAUUGCACUAAACUGGGCAAGUGGGACGCGCCCAAACCCACGUGCCUCUAUGACAGAAACUACACAGGCAAGAAGAAGCUGUACAUCGGGGCGCUGUUCCCCAUGAGCGGGGGCUGGCACGGGGGCCAGGCGUGCAUGCCCUCCGCUCAGAUGGCCCUGGAUCUGGUGAACAACAGGAGCGACAUCCUGCCCGACUACGAGCUGGAGCUCAUCCACUACGACAGCAUGUGUGACCCCGGAGAAGCCACCAAGUUGCUGUACGACCUCCUGUACACGGAGCCCAUCAAGAUCGUCCUGCUGCCCGGCUGCAGCGGCGUCUCCACGCUGGUGGCCGAGGCCGCUCGCAUGUGGAACCUCAUCGUGCUGUCCUAAGGGUCCCGCUCGCCGGCCCUGUCAAAACGCCAGCGCUUCCCCACCUUUUUUCGCACGCACCCGUCCGCCACCCUUCACAAACCCCCCCGGGUGCAGCUCUUCCAGAAGUGGAAGUGGACCCGCAUCGCCACCAUCCAGCAGAACACCGAAGUCUUCACCUCGACUCUAGACGAUCUGGAGGAAAGGACGAAGGAGGCGGGCAUCGAGAUCAGCGUUCGCCAGAGUUUCCUCACCGACCCGGCUGUCGCUGUCAAGAACCUCAAGCGCCAAGACGCGAGGAUCAUUGUGGGGCUCUUUUAUGAGACCGAGGCCAGGAAGGUGUUUUGUGAGGUUUUCAAGGAGAAGCUCUACGGGAAGAAGUACGUGUGGUUCCUGAUAGGCUGGUACGCAGACAACUGGUUCAAGAUCAAAGACCCGGCGAUCAACUGCACCGUGGAGAACAUGACGGAGGCCGUGGAAGGUCACGUGACCACCGAGAUCGUCAUGCUGAACCCGGAGACGGUCCGCGGCGUCUCCAACAUGACGUCGCAGGAGUUCAUCGCCGCCCUGAUGUCCCGUCUGGGGGGGAAGAAUCCGGAGGAGACCGGCGGGUUCCAGGAGGCCCCGCUGGCCUACGACGCGGUGUGGGCUCUGGCCCUGGCCCUCAAUAAGACUGUGGCGCCGCUGAAGGCCAAGGGCCGGCGACUGGAGGAUUUCAAUUACAACAACCACGACAUCACCUCGGAGAUCUACAGGGCCCUCAACACGAGCUCCUUCGAAGGCGUUUCGGGCCAAGUGGUGUUCGACGCCCAGGGAUCCAGGAUGGCAAUGACUCUUAUCGAGCAACUGCAAGGAGGAAGUUACAAGAAGAUCGGUUACUACGACAGCUCUCAGAAGAACCUCUCCUGGUUCGGCAACGAUGUCUGGAUAGGCGCCGGACCCCCCGCUGACCGCACCGUGGUCAUCGAAGUGUACCGCUUCUUGUCCCAGAAGCUGUUUGCAGCCGUGUCCGUCUUCGCCGGCCUCGGCAUCCUGUUCGGCAUCGUCUGCCUCACCUUCAACAUCUACAACGGCAACGUCCGCUACAUCCAGAACUCUCAGCCGUACCUGAACAACAUGACGGCCGUGGGCUGCAUGAUGGCUCUGGCCGCCGUGUUCCCGCUGGGGAUCGACGGCCACCACGUCCACAGGUCUCAGUUCCCCGUCGUCUGCCAGUUCCGCCUGUGGCUCCUCGGCCUCGGCUUCAGCCUGGCGUACGGGAGCAUGUUCACCAAGAUCUGGUGGGUCCACACCCUCUUCACAAAGAAGGACGAAAAGAAGGAGAAGAAGAAGCAACACUUGGAGCCGUGGAAACUCUACGCAACAGUUGGGGUGCUGCUGGCCAUCGACUUCCUGUCACUCAUGAUCUGGCAGAUCGUGGAUCCUCUGCACAUUACGGUGGAGAAGUUCACUAAGGAGGCCCCUAAAGAGGAUUUGGAUGUCCUGAUUCAGCCCUUGCUGGAGCACUGCAGCUCAGAGAAGAUGAACACGUGGCUCGGGGUGGUUUAUGGCUACAAGGGUCUGCUGCUGCUGCUGGGAAUAUUUCUGGCAUACGAGACCAAGUCCGUCUCCACCGAAAAGAUCAACGACCACCGGGCCGUGGGGAUGGCUAUUUACAACGUCGCUGUGCUGUGUCUGAUCACGGCUCCGGUGACCAUGAUCCUGUCAUCGCAGCAGGACGCCUCCUUUGCCUUUGCUGCUCUAGCGGUCGUCUUCUCUGCCUACAUCACCCUGGUGGUGCUCUUCGUACCCAAGAUGCGGCGCCUCAUCACGCGCGGCGAGUGGCAGUCGGAGCAGCAGGACACCCUGAAGACCGGCUCGUCCACCAACAACAACGACGAGGAGAAGUCCCGGCAGCUGGAGAGGGAGAACAGGGAGCUGCAAAAGAUCAUCCAGGAGAAAGAAGAGCGGGUCUCGGCGCUCCGCAACCAGCUGGCUGAGCGCCAGGCCCUGCGCAACCGCCGCCAGCCCUCCUCGGGCCAGAACCAGAACCACAACACCCCGCCGCCCUCCACCCAGCCGCCGGAUCCCAAGUCUCUGCUGCCGCCGCCGGGCUACCCGAACCCCACCGCGGACAAUCACCCCCUGCCGCCCUCCUUCUCAAACUCCUCCACCCUCUACCCGGCCGACAGCAAGAUGAGCCGCAACCACUGUCACAACAGCCAGAUCCCACUGCUGUACAAAUAGGCGAGGCGCCGGGAGAGGUGGGGGAGGGAGGGAAGGGAGGGUCGCACAAAACACACUCACGGGGGACACACGACACAAUGAGACACUGUGACUUUCAAGCACAAAUCUGUACGCGGGAGUGCUUUUACGCACCCCGGGGGGGCGGGAGUCGCGCGGGCAAACAACCGUCCUCUGCUCAGCCCCCCCUCCCCCCGCCAGCCAGAGGUAGAUCUCGCCGUCACCCCCCCUCCCUCAUUCGUUAUCUCGUUCUGUUGUGGAGACACCGAGUGGAGGGAACAUUAGUGUUUGCGUCUUUGCUAUAUCGUCUCCACCUUUCUGCCUCUCGCCAGUUUGUUGACUAAAGCACAUGCGGUAGUGAUUAAUAUUGUUGUGUAAUAUCCGAUCUGUUUCGUCAUGUUUUGAGUUGUUGUUCAAAUUAUUUGUUGACUUUUUCUUGAGGAGAGUCGUGAAAAAUGGAAUUUACAAAAGGGAGAAAGCACUGAACGGUUAUUUACCCAAAGGAAAUCUUAACAAUGUGCAUUAUUGAACAGCCAUGUAUGGAUCUCUGUUUUCAAGACUGUGUAUUUACCCACAACACUGAAAAAUAAUCCCGUCCUCUUCUAAAUACUAGACCCACUAUAAAGGAGAAAGGGAUACAAGCUUGCUCAUGUAUAGGGAAACAUUUUGGCCAUGUGGUGUUCGACAGUUGCAGCCAUCGGAAAGACCUCGGCCUGCAUCUUCCGCAUCGCAGGCUACUGCUGAUUCUCACAUUUUAUAGGGGAAGCUUCCAACUCGCCAGAAGAAUAGUUUGUACUUUCUGCCUCUUGGAAAUUAAAGCCAAUUUAUAUUUCUACAGCAGCGGCGGGUUGAGAUGUGGGGCUUCUGCGAUGGCUUUUCCUGUGGAUAUAUUCAGAGAAAGCACAGCUUUUACACUCGUGAAUCUGUUACACGUCAUUCUCGUGAGCCUUUUUUAAUUUUAAAAGAAUGUUGUUGUUUUUUACGUUUCCUCAUAACAGACAAUCUGGAUGGAUGCCAUUUGUUUUCAGUGUUUUUUCUUUCCCAUUUUGCUUUUGGGUAAACUGUUAAUGUAUAAAAAUAUAGUAUAUGCGUAACGUAAUGUGACAUACUGUAUUUCUUCAGCAGUUAAUCUGAAUGUACUAUUUCAUUCAUGAGCUAUUUCCAGAUUUUAAUAGGUGAAAUCAGCAGAUGCUUUAUCAGCAGGUAAAACAAUACUUAAAUAAGUGAUAUAUGAUAUGCCGGCGUGCACUUUAAACAAACAAUACUCCCCCUUUUAUGUUGCUCUAAUAAAUAUUAUUUCUCAUUUUAGCUCAAGGGCAAGAGGAGGACAUCCAUGAAUGAAAUAGGGCAUCUUUAUUAACUGUUCAGAUAGUGUAACAUAUGAAUGCAGAAAAAAAUUAGGAAAUACUUCUAUCUUGCACAUAUAUGACAAUAUACAUGGAUUUGGGGAUAUUUGUAUUCACUAUAUCUUAAAUGUUAAUAUAUUUCAGAGUAUGUGUAUGCACAUAUAUGUGUAUCAUAAAUAAAAUAAUUGUUUUUCCAUUGGUUA